AGAACAUGUCACAGCGGUGUGCCCUGUGUUGUAUGAAAUGUAAUGUACAGUCAAGUAGACAAGAAGUUAUGCCAAGUGUGUGUGUCAUAUCCAACGCCGUUUGAACUCCCAGCGAAACUAAUACGAUUGAGUGCUGCCUUGUCCCUGAAGCAGAAAUAUCUGUGUUCAUACGCAGAUGCGUGCACUUUUCAUUCGAGUCAUUUUCGUUAGGUCUGCUUUGAUACGAGUGGAAUACCAACUGCGUCACUAGAAUUCUGGCCGCGCUGAAGCGUGAUCUGUGGGCGUGACCGUGCCAGAUCUCUUCUAGUAGCUAAUAUUAUAAUUAUUUAUGUUUUACAUUUCCUUGAAUUAUGCAAUGUGCAAUAUUACAAUAACGUAACGUGUAUUUACUGUACUCUAAUCAUACAGAUAGUGGUUUUUACCAUUCAUUCUGUAGUGUGGUAGAUGCGCGAGUGUACCGUAUUUGUAAAUACAGCGUAGUGAUUCAAUGUACAACAUGUAUCAAAAUCGGACAAAAACACGCGUUUUCUUUUGUGAUGAAAAAAAAAAAAUCAAUGUUUGAAAAAUAAAACUGUGAAUUAUUAAAACACGAAGAAUCGAUUUGUAAAACACAGGCGCGUUUGUGUUAGCACUGUGCAAUGCGCAUCGGGUUUAUUGUUAGUAAAGUCUGCAUUUUAUAUCAAUUUAAGUGCGCCACAAGAUACUGCCUUAAGACCGAGUGUGUCCAGACUAGCUAACCUUCAUUGGCCGAGCCUUUUUACAGAGUCCCGCCCACAAGAACCUGGAUUUUGGAUUGCAUUUCCAAGUAUAGACGCACUUGUAAGCAAAGCGCUUGUUUAUUUGGCGCUCAAUAUUUAAAAACUUUAAAAUACAGUCAUAUAUUCCGCUAUACGUUACAGAUCAUAUUACAUAGUUAACUUAAACACAGUUAUUCAAUACUAAAGAUUAAAGGACAUUAGAACGCAAUUCUCAAGAAUUGUUGGAACACAUUUUUGCAGUACUUGGCAAAGCCCACAUGUUAAUGGCUUACAUGGUAAGGUGGGAAAGCGUGGUUCUCCACUAGGUGUAGACAUGGGCGCAGUAUUCAUCAGCGGCCAGAUCCUGUCUGAGAUCCGUUAAGUCAACUCAUCUUGUUUCGUCAGUAAUAAUGAAUUCAAAGUGGAGGCAGUACAGUAGUAGGAGUUUGAAAGUUUUACUGUUUCAAAACUUUGGCAUGUGGUAUCCCUGGUAUUGACCUCAUAGACCUCCUGUGUAAUAGCUUUGGGUUUGAUAAUCCCUCCUCUCUUCGUGGAAUGAAACUCUGUAAUUGUGCAAUGAGGUGCAUGAUUCUCAACUCCAGAAGUGUGCGAUCUCUGAAAAGUUUAUCUCGGCUUCCAGUCCAGAUGGAGGGAGGAGGAAGAUCUGACACCCCCUGCCAAGGAGGAGAGUACAAUAAAAUGAAGAUUGCAAAAUUAUUGAGUGCAAACAAUAAGAAUCUCUUUUAAAGACUUGUGGAGAAAAGUACUGCCUUCCUCUUCAGUCAGGUAGCAACACCCUCCCCUUCCACGCUUUUCCCUGGCAGGGGGCCAGGCCCCCCAUUCAUCUUUUUCCUCCUCCCUCCCUAGGGCAGGUCCUCUCCUCCUCCAUCUGUGGAAACACAACCAGCAUCAUUACUUCUCAGGAACUUGUCUCCAGGAGCUGGAUUUGAACAGGCAUUUUCAGGGAGGAUAAGCCAUGGGAUUAGCCCACUGUGGCACCAGCUCCCACAGGAAAGCCUUAUUCCACACUGAUUAUAAGAACGGCUCCUGUUUCCUGGUGUCGAACGAGCUGCGCUUCUCCAAAGAGGUCCUCCCGCUGUACUUCAAGCACAACAACAUGGCCAGCUUCGUCCGGCAGCUCAACAUGUACGGGUUCCACAAAGUGGUUCAUGUUGACAUGGGGCUGCCCCGGGAGCAGGAGGAGGUCAUAGAGUUCCAGCACCCCCACUUCCGCUGCGGAGAGACCCAGCUGCUGAAGAGCAUCAGGAGGAAGGUAUCCAUCAGCAGGGUGGAGGAGGUCAAACUGAAGCAGCAGGAGAUGUCCAAAAUCCUGCUGGAAGUCAUGCAGGUCAAAGGUCGACAGCAAGUGGCCGAUUCCAAGCUUCUGGCCAUCAAACAAGAGAAUGAAACCCUGUGGAAUGAAGUUUCCUCUCUGAGACAGAAGCACCACCAGCAACACAAAAUCACUCGCAAGAUCAUUCACUUCAUUGCCAGCAUGGUGCAGUCCAAGAGCUCAUCUGGAAUCAAGAGGAACCUGCCAUUAAUGCGCAAUAGUUCCAGAAUUUACCACUCCAGCCCCAAAUACAGCCAUCCAAUCAGAAUUGAGUCCGAUCAGGAGUCCUCGGCCAUCCAGGGGAACCUGCAGAACAGCAGCGUGUACCCAGGGGGCAUGAUCAUCUCUGACAUCACACAAGCGCUGGAGCAUCGGGCAGCGGUGCCCUGGCAGGGAGAUCCUGGGUGCAGCGGCUCCUACGAUGUCAACUGGAGACCCUCUGAGCUGGAGACCCUAUUGAAGCAGGAGACCGACAACCUUGUGCCCAGUGCUGCCCCCUGCGCCCUCGCCCCCAGUGACCUCUACCACUCCCUGCUGGAGGAGAGUGGCACUGCAGGCCCUGAGGAGGCCUCUACAGAAUGGGGGGAGAUUGUGGACCACCUAGCCCAGAAGCACUGCUGUCUGUCCAGCUCGUCGCACGUCAACAUGGAGCUGUUGCAGGAUCUCUUAGCACCCUGCCCAGGACCCUCCUGUCUGGAAACGGCAAGGCCAUGGGACAUGGUGAGCAUCUCAGUAACAACAAGAACAAGUGGAGAUGGUGCAGUACGAGGAGGACAUCCUGCCCUCACUGCUGGAGCUGGCAGAGGAGGCCUCAGACGUGGGGUGCUAUCCCGGGGAGCUGCCCCAGGACCCCCUGAGCCACAGACACUGCCUCUCCUGCAGCUAAACAUGCAGCCAGGAGAGCGUGGGGAGACCCGAGGCUGAGCCCUCUGCACCCUGACAGCACUGCCAGAGGACUAGCUUCUGCACCCUGUGUAUUUCUGUCCAGGAGAACAGAGUUUGGGGAAGGGGAGAAGCAGAACUGUUAUAUUGCGGAGAUCCGGAUUCACACCUUGUGAGCAGGGCUGGGCUGAGCCUUUUUAUUCACUUCCAGUUCCUUUUAAAAAUACAUUCCCAUUUCCUUUGUAUCAAUUCCAAUUCCAAGUAAGGACCGCGAAUGGGAAUUGGAGAAUUCAUUUUAAAUGGAAUUGGAAUGUUUAUUAUUAUUUCUUCAUUUUUUUGUUAUUAAUCUGUUUUAUCACAAUAUUGUUGGCUGAGAAUAGAUCCUGUAAUUAACAAUGUGUGCAGUUCAGGGUUAGGGCGUUGUGCUUUUACUGGGCAUGCGUGCAGAUUAGCUCUAUCUUGUGGACAGUCGUUAUAAUGCAGUCUCACUGUGUAAAGAGUGUAAAGAGCUUGAAGAACAAUAACAGCACACUACAAACUAGUUAUCCUGGGAUACCCUUAAACAAUGUGCUUGAUAAAUAAAGGGUAAAAUAACCCCUUCUGGUCUUCUCAGUUUGACCUGAAACACAAUUCAGACAGAAAAAAUAAACAGAAAACUAUGAGCUAGAAUAUUGUAGGUUGUGAACAGUUUCACAGAUCACUGAACUGCAUUGUGUUAGGAAUGCAUGGGCCUGCGGUUCAUUAAAAAAACAAAAAAAACCUUGAGAUAAUUAACAAAGACUCAUUUUUAUAAAGGUAUAUACAUAUAAAUAUAAACACAUGUUUUUUUUUUUUUCUCAGUAUCGUCUGUCACCGAUAUUAUAUUGUUUCUUGUGUUAAAAAAUGGUUCUGUAUGUUAUAAGUUUGCAUUUAUGGGGUCUGCUAGAACUGA